AUGGGCAGUCGUGCGGCCAAGGAUCAUCAACUGGACCUGCAUCGUCGCCAGUACGGCCGCUCUAGCGACAGACCCGUCGCAACAAGGCACCCAUACCUGGAAGAAGAGCGGAUGAGCCGUUCUAGGUCGAGAAGGGUGAACCAGGCUUCGGAUGGCAGUCUACUCGAAACCGCCAGAAGUGACAAUGACAUUGUGGAAGACUGGCUUGCCAAUGUCAGUCGUCGAGGCGUCGAUACUAGAGAGUCCGCAAAGCGACUACAGUCAAAUCAGGACAAGAGCAAUGCUCAAACUCCAGAAUGGAGGCCGCACGGGAUCUCCCUCCAGAACGCUGUCCGAGGUGGUCAUAAGCGCGCCCCAUCACGAGAUAGCUCCAUCAUCCCCGAGCCGAUGACGAAGAAAGCCAGGCCAUCUAUAGCGGUAACUAGCCAUGGGCCCAUCCAUCGCUCUCUUGUGACAGGAGUCACAGAUUUCCCUAUAUCAGCAGAUAGUUCCCCGCUCAGGUUUGAGAAACGAACGAGACACAAAACAAGAGAAGACCGUUACUAUUCUUGGAAGAAGCCCAAGGAAAAGCGACGUAGGGCCCCUGAGGAGACUGCCAGGCGGUCGGAAGACGUGCCGAAGAAGCCAAUCUUAUCGGGCCGAGAUGUCAUGAACAACUUCCAACCUGAAGCCUUUCUGAACGACAGGCUCACGCUCCAGCCGUGCCUGACGCCAGGCCUCUUUCAAAAUGGGCAGAUAUCUUCGUCAAAGCCUGUUGUAGACCUAGCCUACAACUCCAUGUCUUCGGUCGAGCAGCCUCCAUCACGCGAGUACUCGUGGCAACGACAGCAACGCUUAGAAGCCAAGGCUAGACAACGGCGAGAGAUUGAGCUGGUGGAAAUAUCAACGUUUCUUCGUCGCAAGGAGACGCCUACAACAGGACACCCAAUCGCCGGCCGAGGGCGAUCUCGUGAUGGCUACGAAGAUUAG